AGCGAAUUAAACGUAUCAAGAUGGCUCGAAGCCCACUCCAAUAGGUCGGCUGGGCUCACCACUUUACCAGGCAACGCGAUUUUGGUUGAUGUAGUGGGUGAUGGAGAUUACAGGCUGAUUAUAACAGAUUUAAAGCUGGAAAAAGAUGUGAAAAGUCGCUUAAAAACCUACAAAGGUACUCUACUGACCUCUGAUCAAAUUUUGCAAGACAUACCCAGUUCUGUUGUCAGUUUUUUCACUGACGAGAUCGAACCCAGAAUUCCAGCUGUGGCGGUAGCUUGUGGAUCGGAUUUAUUGAUUUUUAAGAAUAGUAAACCAUUUUUUAAAUUCACUGUACCAUCCUUGCCAAUAACGCCUUUAGAAUCGGAAAUAUGGAAAAAAUUUGCGGAAGAUCCAAAUUGUGAUUUUGGUAAAUACGUUGAGGAUCUAAAAACAAUACCAUACAAUGUUCUAAGUCCAAGGUCUCAACAUUUACUAUGUGAACCACCGUCAAAAAUAGAAGAAUUCAUAGGCAAAUAUUUAUUAUCGCCUCCAUCGAAAAAUUCGACUAUAACAUGUAUGACGUCAUUAAAUAGAAUGACACACGAUAAAUAUGGGUUGUACGAUGUGGAGUACCGCGUUGUUGCCGCAUGUCGCGAGGGUCACGUGUGCGUUCUGCGACGCGGUUGGUUGGAGGGAAAAAGCAUCAUCCAAUCGGACGCCGACAUCGUUGAUAUGGUUUUAAAACCUGGUGAUAACUUCAUCAUUUUGGCCACCACUGAUAAAAUGCUGCAUUGUUAUACGAAAAGGGGCCAACGUUUGUGGUCAUCAAAAAUGGCAAACUCAAUAACCUGCCUUGCCCUGGUAACUCUGAACCAUCUAAGCAGCCAUCUGGUAGCAGUGGGCCUAAAGGGUGGUCCCAUACAUUUGUACCAAGGCAGACACCCAGUGGACUACACCUCUGUGCCUGACACUCCGUCAGUUAUAACAUUCGGUCAACUUGGACAAGAAGAACACGUCAUGGUCAUAAUAACUUUAGCUGGCACCAUAAACUUUAAGAUACUGAAGAGGACGGCUGAUUUUAAUUUGGGGAACCCAGAUAGCCAAAAUAUGGUUCAGUUGCAGGGGAAACCUUUACCGUUGCCCAAAAGAAGUAAAUUAUUUUUGGAGCAGAGUUUGAGGGAGAAGCAGAGUCCCAUAGAAAUGCACCAAAAUUUUCAACAGGAUUUGAUUCGACUAAGACUUACAGCUGCCAGGUCGUUGGUACAAAGUUUAUCAGACCAAUCAGGGGUUGGAAACGAAAAGGAACAAAUAAAACUAUCAGCACAAGUUUUGGGCUUGGGGCCAAAAUUUACCCUAAUCCUAACCCUGGUGAACAUGAACAAUGAAAAAUGUUUGGCAGGAUUUACCAUUACUUAUCAUACGAAACCUACGUUGUAUACUUUGUCAUCCUAUAUAAAUUUGAUUCCCUUAAUACCCCCAGGACUUUCCUUCCAACUAGACACCAAAAUAGAGGAAAUCAUCAAUGAGCAAAAUCAAGAAAUCCAAAGUUUUAAUUUACCCCAACAAAAUGGCAUAAUUAGAGUUUUUGUUACCAGAAAAGGGCAGUCACAACCUGUUUUAGCAGCCACUAUAAAUAUGCCACCCACUGAAUUACCAUAUGUUAUAUAA